GUUCCGGAAUAACAGGACAACUUUGAGGUUAGCUUUUCUUUUUGAAGACCCAGAAAGUCUGCUAUACUCGCCAAAUUAAUUUCCAAAGAUGUAGGAAAUUGUUCAGAAUCCCUAUUACUAUCUUUCUUAUCACUUUUCACUCCCAGAAAGCUCAAAAUUCACGUGAAAAGGCUUGGAAAAGCGAAAAAUAAAAACUCCAAAUUGACUGUCAAACCCGCUUUUGAUGCGUCACCUGGUGGGCUGGCUUCAACAUUGCAAAUGACUUAGCACUUUGAACUUUGACGUUUUCUCGUGUUCUCGCAUUUUUGCAAUUUUAUUCGCAUUUUCCGUGGAAAUUCAAGUGAUAAAAGAUAUAAAUUGAUAAAUUCACACGGUAAGGAUGGCGGGUGCUACACUUUUCGAACGGGCGCAGGCAGUUUCGUCCGUAAAUCGCGAGGAAGGGAUUUCACUUCUCAACAAGAUUGUCCGGGAACAGGAGGUGGCAGAGAAUGAUGAGGAACUCAUUCGGAUUAAGGAGCAGGGUAUAAUGCAGUUGGGUGAGCUGUACAAGCAGGAAGGGAAGGCUAAGGAGCUAGCGGACUUGAUUAAGGUCACACGUCCCUUCCUGAGCCUCAUUAGCAAAGCAAAGGCCGCAAAACUUGUGCGCUCCCUUGUUGAUUUGUUCUUGGACCUGGAAGCAGGGACAGGGAUUGAGGUGCAGCUGUGUAAGGAAUGCAUUGAAUGGGCAAAGCAGGAGAAGCGUACGUUCCUCCGACAGUCCUUGGAGGCACGUUUGAUUGCACUCUACUUCGAUACGGGCAUGUACACAGAAGCCCUUGCACUGGGCUCACAAUUGCUGAAGGAGCUGAAGAAGCUCGAUGACAAAAAUCUCCUGGUGGAGGUGCAGCUGCUCGAGAGCAAGACCUAUCAUGCAUUGAGCAAUUUGCCAAAGGCUCGUGCUGCUCUCACAUCAGCACGCACCACAGCCAAUGCAAUCUAUUGCGCACCCAAGAUGCAGGCAGCUCUGGAUCUGCAAUCAGGCAUCCUCCAUGCUGCUGACGAGAGAGACUUCAAGACGGCCUACUCAUACUUCUACGAGGCCUUCGAGGGCUACGACAGUGUUGCUUCAAAUAAAGCCCUCACAGCCCUGAAAUACAUGCUGCUGUGCAAGAUUAUGCUUGGGCAGUCUGAUGACGUCAAUCAGAUUGUGAGUGGAAAGCUCGCAAUCACAUAUUCAGGGCGCGAUAUUGAUGCAAUGAAGGCAGUAGCCCAGGCAUCUCACAAGCGAUCCCUGGCUGAUUUCCAGCUUGCACUGAAGGAUUACAAGAAGGAACUGGAGGAUGAUGUGAUUGUAAAGGCGCAUCUUGGCACACUGUAUGACACAAUGUUGGAGCAGAAUCUCUGCCGCAUCAUUGAACCCUAUAGUCGCGUGGAGGUGGCCCAUAUUGCGGAGUGUAUCAAACUUCCCAUGUCGCAGGUGGAGAAGAAACUCUCCCAGAUGAUUCUGGAUAAGAAGUUCAGUGGCAUCCUCGAUCAGGGUGAUGGCGUUCUCAUUGUUUUCGAGGAAACCCCCGUGGAUAAGACGUACGACACUGCCCUAGAAGUCAUCCAGCACAUGGGCAAAGUUGUAGAUACACUCUAUCAGAAAGCUAAGAAGCUCUCAUAGGCGUUAAUUAUAUCCUCCUCUGCUCCGUAUAUAUACAACACUCACACAUUUUUGUAAGGAAUUAAUUGCAUACUGAGCUCCCCCCAGACUUUUCCUAUUUUCCCCCCUCAAAUGAAAAAUAAAUCUUCCGGGGAUUUUCUCCUCGUAAAAUUAAAAUCCGUAGAAUCUGCUGAUUGAAAUGUUAUUUUUAUUAUUUUAAAUUUCUUUUCUCCACUUAACCAGCCUUUUAGGUCUCAUGUUUAAUUAAUCUAACAGUCCAAUUAUUAAAAUUGCAAUUUUACAGUAAUUACAAUUAUUUUAUCUAUUAUAAUAUAAAAUGAAA